AAUUAAACAAAGAACAUUUUCAUUUCCAUAUGUUCAAAUAUGUUCAAAUUAAUAUGUUCAAAUUUUCUGUUCAAAGUCAUUGAUAAGAAGAUGAAUAUACAGGCCAACAUAGGGAGAAACUUUUUGAAAUUGCAUACCUAAUAUAACAGUUCUAUCCAGAAAACUAAAAGAACUCUCAAAAUUCCUUUCUAAGAUAAUAAAAUGACCCAUUUAUCAGGGAAGCUUAAAAUUCAGCAUUUCAAACAGGUAGAAAAGCCUUGAGAUCUCUUUAAACAGCAGGUGGGGUGACUUCCUAACAGCCCUGAGAAAGGAAGGCUUGUUGGGACACAUUUUCUGCCUUGGUAUUUUCAUACACAUACAUGACUAUAUGAGCGAUACAUGCUUAGGUGAUUUGGGGACACGGUCUGUAGUAUCAGUGCAGGAUCUAUAACUAUGAGACUGGCAGAUGGGUAGGUUGUCCCCACCAGUGGGGGUCUUGUGCCUCAACCUAGCUUAGGCCCCUGGAAGGCAGAGUUCCAAAGAUUCCAUGACACGCUCCACCUUCUAAUUCUGUGAUGGCAACGGCAGACCGUUAGCUGCCACACAACAGCCAGUCCUAGCAGAGACUGAGCUACAGGCAGUGCCUUGAAUCUAGGCUUUGGCAGUUUUAUCCUUGUUUGUCCAGUGAAGAACUUCCCAGUGUUGUCGGGCAGUGGAUCAGGUGUUUCACAUCAUCCCUGUUGUCCUGCUGUGACACACCAUCAGCAUGGCAGGAUCCCACAGCCCUGCCUCAGAUCCCGAUGGCAGAACUGAAUGACCUCGAAUGCCAGCAAUUGAGAUCCCAGCUGGCAAAGAGCCAACAGGACUGCUGGGAGCUCCAGGAGAAGUUUCUCAUAGCUGAGGCUACAAACUUUGCCCUGGCCAUGGAGCUGAAAAAAUACAAUUGUGAGAAGUUUAAAAACAUCAUUGAGUCCAUACUGACCAAGAAGCUCCACUUGGAGGAGCCGCUGGCAGAGAAGCCCACGGUCCCAGAGCUGCUCAGGCAUUGCCGUGGCAUCCUUGAAGAUCAGGACCAAGAACUUUCCCAGUUACGCCCAAAGGUCCAAAGGGGGAGAAAUCUAGCCCACAUCCUGCAGCAGUACCUGAAGGACGUGCUCACCGUGCAUGACCCUGAGACCUGUACGGGGCAGGGCUUCCGACGACUGCUCACUGAGGCUGUCCGGCUGUCAGCGUGCCUUGAGGACCUGCUAGGAGCAGAAAAUAUUGAAGAGGAGGAAACACCAGCACAAGGACCUGUUGCUGACAGGGAGCUCUUGGAAGUGGAUGAAAUGGAAACCCCACAAAAUUCACAGCAGGAAACAUCUAUCACUGGUGCUGUUGACCACCUGCUGAGUGACUCCUGCCUGCCUGAGGGCACUGUGCAAAUGUCUCCUGAUGCUGAGGACACCCACAGUGUGCUAGGUGUAGAUGGGGAACACGCUUGUUCACAAAAGAAAGAAGAACCUGUCACCGUUCUCCCAGAAAAUCAAUAUCACGAAGUGGAGGUACAAGAGCAAGUUGUCACAUACACUUCCAGGGAGCUCCCAGAGGAGCAAGAGCGGGAAGACCCAGAGGACUCACUGGACGAGUGCUACCUCACUCCCUCGAUUUUUCCGGUCGUUUCUGAGCUUGACCAUUCCACGUGGAGCAGCUGGUGCUCCCUGGAGCAGCAGGACAUGCUCUCUGCUCCAGAUGCAAAUGAAAAGGAACAUGACAAUGAUGAAAUGCAAGAGGAAGCACAAGCCCUGUCACACACCAGGGAGAUUCCAGAGAUUGAAGAUCAAGAUGUCUCACAAGACUCUCACGAAAAUCAAUAUCACGAAGUGGAGGUACCAGAGAAAACUGUCACAUACACUUCCAGUCUCAUCAGGGAGAUUCCAGAGAUUGAAGAUCAAGAUGUCUCACAAGACUCUCACGAAAAUCAAUAUCACGAAGUGGAGGUACCAGAGAAAACUGUCACAUACACUUCCAGCAGGGAGCUCCCAGAGGAGCAAGAGCAGGAAGACCCAGACGACCGGCUGGAUGAGUGCUACCUCACUCCCUCGAUAAUUCCAGUCAUUUCUGAGCUUGACCAUUCCACGUGGAGCAGCUGGUGCUCCCUGGAGCAGCAGGACAUGUUCUCUGCUCCAGAUGCAAACGAAAAGGAACAUGACAAUGAUGAAGUGCAAGAGGAAGCACAAGCCCUGUCACACACCAGUCUCAUCAGGGAGAUUCCAGAGAUUGAAGAUCAAGAUGUCUCACAAGACUCUCAUGAACUGAGUUUUGUUGCUGCCCCUGAGAGGAAGACCCGUUCCCAGCUGGAGGGAGGUCCUCACAAAGAUCCCAUCACCAGCAAGAGUGAGAGUCAUAGCAUCAGCCCCAGCGAUGUCCCAAGUACCCCAAAAGAAAAUGUUAUCAAAGGAAAACAGAAGCCCAGGAAAUGCAAACUGGCCUGCCGGUUCCCUGGCCUGGAGAUGAAGGGAAAACCACAGCCCACAGAGAGGAAGAUUGCGUGCCGAUUCCCUGGCCUGGAGAUGAAGGGAAAACCACAGCCCACAGAGAGGAAAAUCACGUGCCAAUUUCCUGGCCAGGAGAUGAAGGGAAAACCACAGACCAACAUGUGGGCACUGACCUUCAGAUUCCUGGGCCUUCACACCUAGACAGAGAUCCCAAGUACAGUUGGAAGUACAGAACAGUAUUGCUGAUUGUAACGUCCCCACCUCUUCCAAACAUCUACCACAGGAGCUCCACUUCAACAGCAACCAGAACACCAAGAACGCAAUUUCAACACCAUGAACUGCCCUCGGCUAUUUUUAUCCACUAGGCUGCUUCCCUGAGAGCUGGCACAGUCUUCCACCUCCAAUCCGAGUGAACACCUAAGGAGACCCAGGCCUGACUCCACAGCUGCUCUGGAGAGAACACCACCUGGCUCCUCUCCAACUGCCUCCUGUCGAGAUCUUAGGUCAGGAGGAGCUGGAAGCAAACAGCAUAGGACUCUGGGCACACACUGCCUUUGGAUGGGGCGAGCUCAGUGUGGGCAGUGUCAGAGACACAGCGCCCUGUGCACAAGGCUGCAUGUGAGCAGAGGAGAGGAUCCGACUCUGCAGGACGUGGACCCUGACCCAGACAGCUGGCCCUCUCCUUCACACAGCCAGCAUUCCGCAUAGAAGACAGCAGGAAGGAGACUUUGGGGCUCCAAAGGACAGGAAGGGUCUCUUUCCUCCUUUUGAACCCCAACCAUCUCCCCCUUCUGCUGUCUUCCAUGAUGGGAACGCUGACUGUGUGAAGGCGCAGGCCAGGUGUCUGGCUCGGGGUCUGCAUCCUGAGGACCUCUGAUGCUUUCCUCAAUUUUACACUCAGCCUCACUCUUUGGCCAAGCACCCAAUGCAGGGAGUGCUGUGUGCUCCCUCCCACAUCCCCGCAGGAGGCAGAGAGCAUCUUGUGUGCCCAUCAGGUCCCCUGACCCUGGCAUCGGUCAGUUGGUGAAAGCUGUCUGUUGAGCUGUACAUCCUAAAGAUGCGCUCCUUCCUCUGUAUCCUAACAACUGUGGAGAGGGUGACCCCUCAGAGCCUGAGCAAAAAGGGAGUGAGCAGCGGCCCUGGUGGAGGUCCGGUCAUCAACCCAGGAGGUGGCCAUCGGUGGGCGUGAUAACAGCAAGUUCAUGGUGAUGAAUGCAGCAGUGUGGCCGGGAGGGGCCAGGUGGGCGAGGUGGACUGAGCCUGCAUCAAGGAACCAGACACCUCUCUGAACACUCCUCUCUCCAUGUCCAGAGUCAGGCAGCACAGAUGCGGGCAGGACCUCGUCAUGGGGACGCUCAUCUCCUACAGCUGCUGGUCCUGCCAACUCCACUCAGUGUUGCAGGAGAACUGGGGGCUCCUGAUGCAGGACGUGGGCCAAGGCAUCCAGAGCCCCAGCAAACAGCAAGGCCGUGUUCCUGCCGGCCUGAGGCAGCUGCUGGACGAGGAGGGGCCAUAUGCCUGUCCCCACCCCGACAUGGAAAACCGAGUCCUCGCAGAUUCUGGAUGCCCACUGCUUAGUAGUUGUUCCUGGUCAAUGAACAAACCGAGCCAAUGGCACCGCUGCCCUGUGGUGGACCUGUUUCUCACAGCUACCAUUCUUACUUCCACUGUUUGUCAUACCUGUGAUGACACAAUUGUUUUCCUUUCAUGAACAUUGGGAUCCUAGGGAGGGAAUUAUGUUUCCACCUGAGUGUGCCUCCUCUCAGUGUAACAGCUGCCUUAGACAUCCUGUCAGCACAUCUUGGGCUCCUAAAAUCUACAACUUCUCAUUAAGAUAUCGCUGUCCAGGCCCAGAAGUGUCUCCAGUGUCCAGGAGUGUAACUGGAAUCUCAAAAAUUUUGAUUCAGAACCCAAUAUGUAUUCCCUGUUUUAGUUAAGUGUUUUUAAAAAGAAAAAUUCCAAAAAAAAAAUAAAAAAAUUAAAAAGUAAAAAAAAAAUUUAAAUGAAAAUAGAAAAGAAAAAUGGUACUGCAUUGUUUUUUAAAAAGGAAAAAGAUUUAAAAAAAUAAAAAUUUAAAAACUGUUAAAAAUUUAAAAAGAAAAAAUUAGAAAAAUGUCAUUUAAGUGGUUUUGAAAGUAAAAGACUGAAAAAUUAAAAUUAAAAAUGUUAAAAACUUUAAAAACAGUAAAAAAACAAAAAAUAGGAAAAUACUAAUAGGAAAAUUAAAAUGCCACUUCAUUUUAGUAACUUUUUAAAUAGGAAAAAGUAAGAUAUAUAUAAAAAUUAAAUUUUUUUUUAAAAUUUAAACUCAGCAAAAAAAGUAAAAUUCCAUUUCAGUUCAGUGUUUUUGUAAAUACAAAAAUGCUAAAAAAUUUUAAAUUUAAAACUGAUUAUACUUUACAAAUGACAAAAGAGAAAAACAAUUAUUCAGAAUAAGUGUAAAAUGUCAUUCCUAUUCACUGUUUCAUUUAAUGGAGAAAAUGCCAAAUAAUUACAAUUUAACAACUUUGCAAAAGUUUAAAACUUCAAACAAAAAAAGCAAUACUAAGGAAACAACGUACAAUGCCAUUUCAGUUAGUUAUUUUUCUAAAUAAGAAAAUGCUAAAAAGAAAUGAAAAAAUUUCAAAACAAGAAGAAAUUACUAAGAAGAAAAAAAAUAAAUGCCGCUUCAGUAAAAUGCCACAAUGCAACAACAACAAAAAAAAAACAUUGUUUUUUUGCUUUGUUUGACAACUCAAAUUGGUUUAAAACAACUGACCACUGAUGAUGACAAGUUAUUCAGUACCUCCAGAACAAACUGCCAGGUAAUUUAUGCCAAGAGACAAAUCAGCAGUCAUCUAGGUUUUACCUUGGAUACCACUUCCACCAUCCCUAACUUCGGUGAAAAUCUCUGCAGAAAUUCUACAAACUCUUUGCUGAUGUUGAUACCUGCUUUUACUUUUGUUCUGUAUAAAAAUCAUACACUUUGGAUAAUAAAAUUUCAGAGUUGAAAUAAAAAACUUUGGAGAGUGCUGCUUGGAAGAUGUAUAAAUAUCCUGUUUGAAAAUGGCCUUCCUUUAACAGUUUUACCAUGCGUUAACCAUUCAU